AAAUGCAUGUGUCUGUGUGUGUUAGAUCUGCUCUCUUGUUCUGUACUGUAAUGCUUGACUUCGACUGUUGUAUUGUUUUUGUAAUGCUGCAGAAGAGCAAUUUAAUGAAAGAUGCCAAUGUUCCGCGACAACAUCCUGUCUGUCCUCAAGCACCUGGUGAUGUCAGACGAACUGGCGGAUUCCUCGGAGUAUCGCCAUGGUAACAUGGUGUUCUUCGACCUGCUGGGAUUGAUGAUGGUGGCGUAUCCCGCUCACGUCGGCACCGUCAUCAACUACAUGGUGGCCGUCGCUGCGGUGAUCUACCUGGGCGGGAAAUGCUUGUUAACCAGCAGUGUGGGUACGUAAUGGAUAACAUGACCAGAUAUAGGUCUGUCACCAAUUGUGUUCGUUUAUUUUCA